UAGUCAUGGAUAAAUCUAAUGCAAUACUUAUUCAUUAUUUUCAAUUCCAUACAAUGCGAACUUUUUCCAAAGGGUAAGUGAACUCAUCGCUCGAAACAACAUUUGCCUAUGCAGCCAUCUGAAACAAAAAACAAAACAAAACUGAAACAAAAAUUGACUGAGUCGCAAGACUUGCUAGCGUUUUCAAACCUGAGGAACGGAGAGUUUCUCGCCCGCUAGUCGCGAGAAAAUUGGGGAGAGAGCUUGUCGAAGUGGUGGAGCGAGCGAGGUUAGAAUGUGGAAAAAAGCGGGAAGAAGCUCUUUCGUUUGGACCGUAGCACUUGCUAUGCAGGCUAACUUCCCAGGCCGCCGGAGAAACAACAACAACAAAAAAUAGAUAAAUAAAUAAAAUAAAAUUAAAAAAAAAGAGAGAUCGCACUGUGCAGGUCAUGAGCUUUGGGCGCCUCGAUUCGAUGACCGGUUCAUAAAGUUCGCUAUGAGAAUCACUUUUUCCGCUAUCAUCCAUAAGCAAACUAAGAUCUUUAUUACUGAAUAUAUUAUUAUUGUUAUUUUUUGUAGGAAAAGAAAACAAGAAAGCUUAUUUUGAAGUGAAAUUUGCGGAGGUUGAACCAAUCUGCUACCCAGUGGCUUGGCUGUUUAGGUUGAAACUAAGCCAAGCGGAAAUAAACAGCUGAUGAAUUCGCAAAACCCGGCUGAUCAUCAAAACAGCUGAUUGGAAACGGGUGACUGGAUUUGUUUCCUUUAUUACCUGCGAAAGCCAAUUGAAAGAAACCAUUUCGGGUGCCGGUCGAAUGAACACAUCAACUGUAAACACUGUCUUGCAACGUCCACUCUGAUUGGUCGGGAAGAGUGAGGUAUUGUUUUAGGACGGUAACAAGAAUUUAGUUAUUUGGAAUUGAAAAUUGUGUAGUUUUUCUUCGUUUUACACGUUUGGGGUUACUUAAAGAAAGUAAAAGGGUUUAUUUUGAACGUUUAUUUGUGGUAGAAAGUGACACUUUUGUUUAAAAAAAAAUAGUUUUAGUCCGUUUUUAUGCGUUUUUGGGUAAGUGUUUUCAUAUGAUCAAAAGCUAUCUUCAUAGAAACCUGGAAUGUGGCAUUCCUCUGCUGUGCCGCAUUCAAAUUUUUAACUUCAGCCUUCGGUCACCUGAUCAAUAAAGACAGCUGUUUCCCGCCGAUUUAGGUGCUUUUCAAGUGAGGUACUCUUUCGCUUGUUUGCUGUGAAUUGCAGCAAAUCUUCGCGCUUGUAAUAAUCUUUCGCUAGGAAACAAUAGAAAUAAGACUUGUGAGUGGAAUUGUAAGCUCUGCGUUCCUCUGAGGUGAAUGAAAAUGUCAUUUUAUACCCGAACUGCCGACAAACGUAAAGCUUUCGAGGUGGACGAGCUCUACGAGGAUGACGAUUGCAGGUUUAAAGUCGAAGUGGUGGACAAUCGAGAGCGGGAGCGAAAACUGCGGCGGGAAAUUGCAAACUCGAACGAGCGACGACGUAUGCAAAGUAUUAACUCCGGUUUCCAAGCACUGAGAUUGCUGAUUCCACACAGCGAAGGUGAAAAAUUAAGCAAGGCUGCAAUCCUGCAGCAGACGGCCGAGUAUAUUUUUGCCCUGGAGCAAGACAAAACUCGUCUUCUGCAGCAGAACACGACUUUGAAGCGAAUUCUGAGCCAGUGCGAUCGAGAGGGAGCAAACAGUACGGAUUCAAAGCGAUCUUCGCCGAAAAAAGCCAGAACUGAUCAAGAACCACGUGCGCAGGAAAAUAUCAAGGACGAUGAAAACAACAACGUUUUACACAGCGAUGACUACGUUGAAGAAAUACAAAAGGAACUCAUUGAACUGAGGUGCCAGCUGGAACGUGAAAGGAGGCUGCGGAUCAACGUGGAAGAUAAAAAGAAGCAACUUGAAUUAGAUUUGGCGGAUGCUAAAUCGAAAUCAAACGAAAAACCGCAAAAAGCGCUCGCAACAUCUCGCCAAAACUUAGACACGAUCGUCCAAGCGAUCAAACAUCUCGAAGGCGACAAACCCGAUCUCAUCGAAACCCCUACAAAAUGUAAAGCCGAAGCUUCGACGAACGGCUCAUCAAGCAGUGAAAAUGCUUCCAGACGGCUCAUAGUUUAAACUCGUCUCGAGAGUUUUAUUGAGCCUCCAUGAUUGGAACAGCUGACUGGCGUGGCCGUAAGGUGAAUGUAUGCAGAUUACUCAUGCAUGUCAGAUCGAUGGAAUUCAUGCAUGGUAAUUUGUUUGUGUAUGGAUUUUUACAUUCAUGUAUAAAUUUUCUUAUCUCUCUUCUAGUUCUUUAAACACUUUGUCGGUGAUGUUUUAGACUUUUAACGGUUUUGGCGUGACUGAUAAUCACAUGCGUGCAGGCUUCACGCUAUCCGGAAGUGUAAAAUUGUACAGCAUGCAUGAUGUUGAUCAUCUUUGCUAACUUUCGUAGGUGACGUGCCUGUGUGAAUAUGUAAAUAAUUUUUAUGAUAUAAUCAACAACUUUCAAGUCUCCCAUGGGGAUCUUGCAUUAUCUGAGAGGGUGUUUUUUUUUUUAUUUUGCCCUUUAAAUUCUAAGAGUGAUUGCUAGUUAGCUUCUGUUUAUACCAGAAGAACACUGGGAAGCAAAUAGGUUAUGAAGGAAAAAAGAAUGUAAUCAGCUUGCUACCAGCCCUCACCAGCACGAUAAAUGUUUGACAUUUUGUAGGGAGAAUGUUGUAUCUUCAGCUCUUAUGGAGCUCAGUCAUGGUAUUUUGAGUUGUAAUAGUUAACUAAGAUAGAGAAACACCAAAGAGAUAAUACUAAACCAUAAGGGAAAAAGGAUCUGCAAGGAUGGAGAAGAUUGACAUGGAUUACAAAUGACAAACUUGAAAAAUUUAGGCUACACUUUUCAAGAUGUGCAAACCGUGACGUAGCUCCUUCAAAUACAAUGACUAAAAGUCUAUUUGGCCAUCCCAGGAAAUGUUUUGUUUCUUCUCUCUCAUCCAACCCAAUUUUGGGAGAAAAUGAAAGAUUGAUUCAAAUAUUGAAAUAUUCAAGUUAAAAAAAUUUGGUGAGUUUUUUCAUACUUUGUGUAGCAUAGCUGAACAUUACAUCAUGAUUGUUCACAGAUGCUUUUUGGAUGCAGUUUGAAGCAACUUUUCUGCCCCUUCAAAUAUUACUCUCUAUCAUCAGUUUUAAAUGGAACAUUUUACUGGGAUGGCCCUAUCAAGAAAUUUCCAUUUUUUUAACUUUUAUGUUUUUACGUGUACACAGUCUGAUCUGGUCAAGUUUGUCAGAUUUUAUACCCUGCUGGCAGUCACUUUUUUAUCAUCUCAGGGAGUAAAAUUAAGAUAGAGUAAACAAGACAGUGAAUACGCAGUGUCAGCCAAUGCUCUAAUUUGUAAAAUAAUACUUCCUGUUUACAGGCUUUGAUUGAAUAUAGUCACAGAACUUAAAGUAAUGUAAAAUAGUGCAGGGACUUUCGGGUCAUAAUAACCUUUUUAUAGCUGAAAAAAUACCUGGAAGACUUUCAGCUUUUGAUAGCUAUUCCUUGUGAUUCAGUGGUAGAUCCAGACCUUGAUUCAGUUUGCACGGCUUCAAAAAAAUCCUGUGCAGUUGUCCAGACAAGUAAAUAAAUUAUUCCUGUUGGACAGAUAAGUUUUUUAUGCUCUCUUACAAAAUGAGUUAUGCCCCAGGCAAACCUUAGAUUUGCUCUCUGAAAUAUGAUUUUGAAACAAAAAGUAGCAAACUUAAGUAAGCUGAAACUAACUUGGGUGAGUAAAAUUUAAAAGUUUCUUGUCAGAAGGGCAAGCCAGAAGAUCAAGUGGGCCCAGAUUAGAGGAGCACUGAGUUGAUUUUUACAAAAAAGAAAGUUGAUCAUAGGAAGAAGGCGAUAUAGUGUUAUUUCCUGGGUCUGCCACUGUCAGUGGUAUAACAUUUGUGACAUAAACAAGUUAGUAUUCAACCACACUAAUACUUUGUAAAUUGAUACGUUUUGUAUACUAGGUGUUUGAAACACUCCAAAAUUUUGCUUGUCAUCCUCAUACCUUUUGCUACAAAUUUGUUAGAAUCGAUGCUGUGCUAACAGGUCGCCCUUUUGAAGUAUAAUAUUACAGGUUCUCUCAGCCCUGUGAUGGAACAAUUUUCAAUCAUUUGAGUGUUAUAAAACCAAAACAAAAGUAAUUAUGGCCAAUCACAAAAACUAUUUACACAGACAAUCCAGUGAACCAAACAAACCUCGUUGAAGCAAACACAUGCAGCAGAUGCAAAGUGCAUGUGCGAGUGAGUCACGAUUGGGUUUGGUCUUCCUAGUGAUUAGAUGACAAACUGGUGUGAGUUUUCAAGCCAACUCCUUAGCAUUGUACUGCAAAGCCAAGGCAAAUGUAAGUUAUUUUUGAAAUUCGAGUGAAACCAUUCUUUGAAAUCUGGGCUGUUCAGUAUGUUUAAGGAACUGAUCAUUGAUCAAAUUCUUUCAACCAUUGUAUUAAGAAUUCUUCAUGAACAGCAAUGCAAAUCGAAUAUUGAAGUCAGCUUAUAUAAAUGUUUCACAUAUUAGUAACACUAGAAUUACACAAUAUCUCAUUUGAGAUUUGCUUAUUAACUUAUUUGGAACUUAUAGACACAAUUUUAUAUGUUCUAAGUUUUUUAGACAUAGUAUUUAUGUAAUGUAUUUUCACCAUGUGAAGCUUACACAGUAAGGACAGUAAAGGAACAUAAGAAUAGGAAAGGAUAAUAAGCUCACAAUCAAACAAAAGGUUUUGACAACUGGUGUUCUUGGGUCAUAAACUUAGCAAGGUUGACGAAAUUUUAUCCUCCCCCUACUUUGAACACUUGAUUAAAAUACUGUAGGGAGUACUUCUGGUUUCAAUUUAGACUCUCUACUGUUAAGCCUUUUUAUGUGGCAUUUUCUUCUUACAUUUUUCUUCCCUAUUCUCAACAAUCAGACUUUCUGUGCAGGCUUGUAAAUCUAAGGGUGUGAAUUAGAUUCAUGUAAUGAUAUUUAUUUGUGGUGUUCCUCUGCCAAUAAUAUGUUUUAGUGAGUACUGUCUAGAUACGUACAUUUGUAUGCAGAUGUGACUUGCAUUGUUAUGUGAAUUUGCUAAA